UGUUUGUUUGUGCGGACGGAUGGCCGCCGGCGAAGACAAUUGGUGUCAUCGGUGGCAGAGACCAUACUCUGGAGGGACGUCCAGAAGAGAGACAUCAACUUCGCUCGUCUUCGCACUUAUUGGCGAAUAAUUCGUCUGAAAGACAGAGGCGUUGAACACAACAUGAGGACCGAUAGAGUGGACCGACGGACCGAUGUGUUGGUCUAUAAGGCGGAAGUGAAUCGGACGACAACAUUGGGCGGCAUUAUCUUCCCAUUGAUUAGACAAAAUCAAGAAAUGGAGAAAAGCUUACGAAUAGCGCAGGAGUUGUCAAAUUUGAUCAUUUACUGUCGAGCCGUUCAGUUUGUUCCCAAUAAAGCCGGACAUUUCACCGAAAUGUCAUCAUUUCCUGAGUCCAAAGUGGAGAAGUUUUUGAGUCCAAACAAUAGUCAAGUGAAGCUAAUAAAGCACAACGAAACACAAUUUACUCGCGUUUACCCAAAAGGGGGUCGAAUUGAUUCAUCAAAUUACGAUCCCAUGAAGAUGUGGUUGAAUGGCAUCCAAAUGGCAGCUCUUAACUAUCAGACGCCCGACAGAGCCAUGCAAUUGAAUGGCGCAAAGUUUAGACAAAACGGUCGAUCGGGUUAUGUGUUGAGGAGUGAUCUCAUGUUUGACGAACACUUCAAUCCAUGCGAUAGGACUUCGCUUAAAGGCGUCGAAACGUUGUCUUUAACAAUAAAAGUAUUGGGAGCGAGACAUCUGAUGAAGUCUGGCAGAGGUAUCAUCUGUCCAUUGGUUGAGGUGGAGAUCGUUGGCACCGAUUAUGACGCCCACAAACAGAAGACCACUACUAUU